AGGUGAGACAGUAGAGAUAUACAUGGAAUUCAGGCUGUGGAUGUGUUCCCCUCCCUUUUUCUAAAUUUUGGCAUUGUUGUCGUUCUUCUUCUGGUUGUGAGGUUGAUCCGUCUCCCUUCCGUGAAAUUUCGCGGCUCAUUGUAGGUUGUUGUAGGAAACGGAGAUGGCAUUAUCCGGCCUGCGAUAGAUACACAGUAACCACACCAAUCACCAUUCAAGAACUUAUUUCUACGUUUGAAGUUUUAUUGGGUGAGAAAACGUACUUCUAGGAUCAGACCUUCUUGAAGUUACUGUUUGAUUUUUUGUUGCCUUUCCUUGACGGUCAUGAUCUAGGCAAAUUCAUCAUUUCUAUUUCACGAAUUCGCUUUUGCUGAAUGACAAAAGCUUGCUUCUUUUUCCCUUUUUCCGGUCGUUGAUGCAAGUUCAUGCUAAAGAGGGUUCCCUUUCUUCUUCUGUCGCUCCUCGGGUGAAGUCGCAAACAAAUGGCAAUCCCUUGAAAAUUGAAGAUCCCUUCAAAAGGCCGCACCAAGGAGCAACAAGAGAAACAAGAACUUCAUCACAUUUAUUUUUGAAGAAUCUCCGUGGUUCAAUAGUAGAUUGUGGCAGAGCAGCACGUAAGAAGCAGGAGCAAGAUGGCAUACGGGGCAGCGCUUCUGUGAGCGCUCGCGUACCACUAGCAGGUGCACUGGAGCAGAAAGAACGACAAGUCCUCCUCCAAGAAAGAGAAGAAGUGGCCAUCUGCAGUGACGUUCUGGGGACUAGAGGAACGUCCGAUACGUGCAAGAAGGAGCACCAAAAGGACAACGUUGUUGGGGAGGCAGGAGCAUCUCGUGGAAAUCAGGCGGAAGUAGGCUCAAAGCAGGGGCAGCAGCAAGACGAGCAGCGAGUACCCUUCCUACCUGCAAUUCACCGAACAGCUUGGCACUGUUCUACUACGCAAAUCCGACCAGCGUCCUCAACAAAGUCACUAGGCUUAUGAAGGGUUGAAAUAAUGAUCAAAAUUGCCAAGACCAACCAUGGAUGUAUCAAUUCCAAUUCUAGCAAAUGCAUUGUAUGUCUACAACUUCUUUAAUUUGUGUCUUCUUAUCUAGAAGGUAGCAGCGAGACUUCAUGAAGAAUGUUCGUCUCAAGUAGAGAUGAAGAGCAAUGAGUCUCAAUGUAGUUUUACCCUCUAAUACUGCCGCCUCAACAAGACAAGAAAAAGAUGGCGUCAUCACAACCUCCAUCGCAACCCCCGCUGGAUCCCGGCACCGUCAUCCUACAGCGGUAUAACAAAAUUGUCGCACUUUGCGAACUUUUUUUUGUGAUACCUACUAACUUUGUGUCUUUUUCUUCGAGCCGCAAUUAUGCUUCCUCUUCCAAGAUUUUCUUGUCUAUUAAACCAAUUAACACUGUCACCACGACUGUAUGUUGUAGUAUGUUUCAUUACAAUUAUGACAUGUGCAUAUCCAUAUUGUCACGGAUUAGUCUCAUCACAUGAUACAGGUAUGGUAUACACGAUAUCAAUUUUUCCACUUUUUUCUGCUUUUACCAGGUUUCGGAUUGAGAAAAAGAUCGGGGCAGGGUCAUUCGGCGAGAUAUAUGUCGCGUACGACACACAAAAGCACGUCAGUGUUGCUGUAAAGACGGAGUCACGAACAACGCGGCACCCACAAAUUCACUACGAGGCUAAGAUUUACAAGCUACUCAGGGGAGGCAAAGGUAGAUUGUUGUAGUUGCAGCAUUUACUUGGACUUGGAAAGUCAGUUACAGGGGCUCUAGCUUUGUUUUCGUGAAAGAACUGCAACUUCAUGUUCAUCUUCGAACCUUGCAAGUAGCGUUUCUUUUCAAUUUGGACACAUGUGUUUCGAAAAUUUCGCCUAAGUCACGGAAUGAUGAAUCAACUAAAAUUUCCUCAGGUAUCCCGACAAUGCACUGGUAUGGCACUGAGGGGAACUACAACAUUCUAGUCCUGGAUCUCCUGGGACCAUCACUUGAGGACAUAUUCACCCACUACAGAAGGCGACUCUCAAUGAAAUGCGUUCUCAUGCUUGCCGACCAGAUGUUGGAUCGGGUAACAACUCUCUCUCUCUAGCUCAGUAGAUUUGGUAGGUCAGAUCGGUGACAAUAGAAAUGACACCUAGCUCAGUCUCUUUUCUGUAAUUACCGGCCUGAAAAUAUGACUUUCCUCUGCAAUCUCUUCGACCCAUCAGAUCGAGUACUUACACAAGAAGAACUACAUUCACCGAGACAUCAAGCCGGACAACUUCGUUUACCAUCAAGACUGCAUCUACCUCAUUGAUUAUGGCCUAGCGAAAAAAUAUCGGGACCCGAAGACCCACGAGCAUAUACCAAUGAAAACGGGUAUUGCUAUUUCACUCUGCUGUUUCUUAUCUUCAGAAGGUUUCUGAGAAGAUGCAGUGUUGAUCUGUGCUUGUGUUGCCCGCAAGUUUUUUCCUAGAUUCUUCGUACGUUUUAUUUCUGUUACCGAUUUGGAGCUCGUAAUGUUGAAGACAUAAUUUUAUGCGCAAAUAUGUAUUUUAUCGGUUCAGGUAAAAACCUAACGGGUACUGCGAGAUAUGUGUCGAUAAACACGCACUUAGGCGUGGAACCGAGUAGACGAGACGAUCUCGAGUCCCUGUGCUAUGUCUGGGUAUACUUUUUACACGACGCGUCAUUUGUAUCAUGAGUAUGGGAUGUAAUGAGCAAAAGAAGAAUCGAUUAUUUUGGUCAGCUUAAUAGAGUAAUCUCCUCCUAACACAUACUCUGAUCAUUGAUUCACUCAUUCAAAGGUAAAUUGUGACUUGGACUUCUUUCAGUUUUUGUAGAGUCAAGCACAAAAAAUAUAAUUAAUUCAAAUUCCUUCAGUUAUAUUUUCUGCGGGGCUCAUUGCCGUGGCAGGGUCAAAAAGGGUCGAAGAAGGAGAAAUAUCAGAAGAUUAUGACACUGAAAAUGGAGACGAGUAUAGACGAUCUCAUCGGGACAGGCCCUAGCAAGAGCGACAAGGCGUCUCUAAGGACGAGUACUAACUUUUUAAUUAACUGCGUAGUCAAAGACGAUAGUCUUGCAGCAUUGAUAGGAUAUAUAUGCAUGAUGACCACAGACAUGAUUUUGCAUCGUUGUACCUAGUAGGACCAAUUAUAAUUGCAAACUGUAGUUUCACGAGGACACGACGAAUUAUUUUCAGGUACGCCAUCGAUGAACCCGCAGUACGAUUUUAACUCGACUUGUUCAACAAACACGUCAUUAUCGGGUGAUGUCGAGAAUUACUGGCUAGCAACAGGCACGAAGUUUAGCCGUCCCUUGCCGCAAGAGUUCAAGUUCUAUUUGCAGUACUGUCGCUCGCUGCGUUUUACGGACACGCCAGACUAUGGGUAUUCCUUUUAUGUUCGACUACAGGUCUAACAAGUUCCAUAAACCGUUGUUCGACAGCUUCUCAAGAGUGAGUCCUCUAGAUGACCCUAUGACUAUACAGUAGCAGGAAGGUUAAUCCUCAAAUGAUAUUUGAUUGCCUGAUUGAUAUAGUACAUAUGCCUACCCCGCAGGUACUUGCGACGAUUGAUCAAAGACGUCUUUUAUCGUGAGGGGUAUAGCUACGAUCGACUCUUUGACUGGAUCACCAUGCCGAGCAAGUUCCAGUAUGCGCCGCAGAUCUCGCAGUUUCAGUCGCAGGUGUUUGCAAAACCGAGCUAGCGCCACCCAUAGUGAAUGAAUUUCUACUUUGCUUCUCGGCCUAAUGCCGCCUGAUUUACUUAUUAUAUAUUUAGAAGUUGUACUAUCGCAUUUUUCGCAAUAUCUCUUAUUAUUAUCUAUCAUUUUUCUAUUUCUUCGAGAAUAUUUCAACUUCGACAUACUAAAUAAUUCCAUGGUAUUUUCUUUCAAGAACAUAAGUAAAAAAGUAUCUGAUUAAAACUGGUGGUUUGGAGAGGCUUCGAACUCGGAAGCGUAGGCGGAGGAGAUCCCGCGGCUUGCAGUGGUGAAAGAAGUGGGAGUGGAAGAAGUUGCAGUUGAAUAGAAUCAUGUUGUACAGACCAAGAAGCAGUUUCAAAGCAGCCGCAGAGUGCUGAAUAUCGUUAUCCUAACAAAUCAUCAUGAUGACAGUUAAAGUUUACGCAUUGCGCACACAGAGAAAAGAUGGUAGAUUGCAACAAUUUGCAAAAAAACCUGCUGAUCUAGUUGUCCUAGUCGUUAUCAAAAAUCAAAAGUGAAUAAUUACUAAAAAGGAACAAGUACUAUUAUUCUUGCCAGAUUUAUUUACAUCACAAAUGCAGAUACGGACGGGGCGCCGCAUAGAGCGGGCGUAUUUGAUCAAAUUAACUGUUACACCUUAUCAGAUUUUUGUUGCACAGACGUCAUCAGACCGAAGAUAAAUAAGAAGGCAUGGACACUCAAGCGCACAGAUGAUAAUUCAUUGUAUAGCUAGAUUGAUUUUACGCGAGUUUGAAGUAGCAGUUUUUUAGACACAAUUUCGUGCAUGCGUUGCUUGCAAGCGAGUGGAACAAUUCGUGUAGAUAUCAUUCUGAGGUGGAAUCGAUCCACAACUCUUGUAGUUAUAAUGAAUAGAUAAUAAUUCGUGGUAGAUAGUCCACUUUGGUGGUACGUCUACUACUGCUGAUUUUUUUUCGUUGUGGUAUGUUUUGUUGUUGCAGAAGCUUCUCCUAUGGCUGACAAUUUGAAUUAAUUUUUUGCUAUGUCAAGGAACAAACCUUCCCUGUCGUUGCAGUUGUUCACCGUAAUUGAUUAUCUGAGUUUAAAAUGUUGAUGUCAACUUGACAUCAUUGUCAGUCACUAUCGGAUGGUAGGCCCCAACCUAACCUAUCAUUGUCAGUCAUUAGGAAAACAAUUGGCUUUCUUUUGGAAUUAACUUUCUCGUCGGAGGCAGGUCGGUGUUUUCGGGGCUACCAUUUUCAGAUCAUGAGCUUACUUAGAUGGGUAGAUGGUGAGGUUACUUGCUAGUUAGUUAAAUUUAGAAUCUGAAAUGACCACAAGAACAACUUAUGAUACUACGUGCUCAUCAGAAUAGUGCGUGGAACAGCGUGUGGACGCUAAAUCAGCCUUGCGCUGAAGGUCGAGAACUAGCCUUUUCUACGUUACGGACUGAUCCGCGAAAGCCUCUCUUCUGCACAGUACACCGGAUUAUUGGAGAGAGGCGGGGGGCAUGUUGAAGAUAAAUAUGCUCGUCCGAGUAAGGUGGUUGACUUGCUCAUGCUUUUCGUUCAAUUCGAAUUGAAGGUUCUCAUGCUCAAUAAACCUCGAUUACAGGAAGACUAGUUUCUUUGCUGCCGGGAUAGAAGAAAUUUUUUCGUCUCAGUAGCCAAGACGGGUGUCCGAGUCUCCCGGAGACGCGUGCUGGCCUUCGCGGUACCAGCAUGAAAUAGAAAUAAUGAGAUACCAAUUCAGAACGAAGAGCUAAGCUGUGCGCUGUAGCUGGGUUGUAUGCUUUCAUAGGACCAAAGACACCUUUGAGCCAGCGCUGUUUUUCAGUAUUUUGGAGUUGUGGCAAGAAAGCACUAAGUAAAAAACCAAAAACGCCAAAUCAAGCGCAAUCUAGCAGUGAGCUUCGUUUUUUAUAGACCUCUACCCAGCAAAUAAUUGAGUAGAGGUGGAAUUGCGCUCUUGCUUUUGUCCUAGUGAAUAUGCCUAUGACAAAAGCCUGGGUUGAAAAUGUAUAAUCAUGGUAGAUAUCGAACUUAAACAAUGAAAAAUGAAUCGUAUGAACUGUAUAAAACUUUUGGAUCAUGUUGUUUAAUGAAUAGUUAAUAUCGAGAGUGAGACCACACUGUAUAAUUGGAAGACUAGCAUAGAGCACACAGCAAACACGACAUCAUAAUCAUGACUUCCACGGCAUAGAUUGACAUGAAGAUUCAUCAUGAUUGCAUAUUUUUUUAUAAGCAGAGCAACGGUCUAUCUGCUUACUUCGCACAGUGUAUUAUAAUGCAUAGCUCUAAUACUCAUACAUCGAUAUUGUGAACAAUAUGCCAGUCACUCCACCUAGCUUUACUCAGCCCAGCACAGAAGCUCGUGCGUUGAUUUUCAUGUCGAAAAGCAAAAGGUUGUAACUGCUGCCGGGAACGACAUCCAAUUAUUGUGAGAAGCCAACCCUUUACACGGCGCGAUUAUGAUCAAACCGUGACUGAAGGUUUGCUUAGGGUGUACCCCUGAACCUGAUACACCGUAGUAGUACAACAGCGUCUCCUGGUACAUUGCUUCCGUCGUGGUCGCUUUGGAGGUUGCCAGGGUAGCAGCCUGGCUUCGUCUUGGUGAUUUGUCGCGUACUUUCGAUCUGUCUAGCGGUAGGUACGAGUGAAGGUUAUUGUUUUUUAUCGAUGAAGUAUCUAAGCUUCUGUCAUGAUAAGCAUGGAUUACAACGAUCUCAUAAGAAAAAAAGGCAACGGACAACUAUGAGAUCACCUAGCUUCAUAUCUGUUGUAUUUGAAGAAAGAUCAUUAAGAUUUUUACUGUGGGUUAGAGCAGACAGUUGUGGAAAAGGUUGCGGUUCCAUUGGAUCAUGAUAACUCCUGUACAGAUUAUUUACUUUUCGUGGGGUUCUUGCUUGUCUAUUUGAACUUCCUCACGGUGUGGCGUUGUCUUGCCGUGAUGGGGUUCGUUAGACACUGUUGAUCACUUACGAUACGGACUCCUAGCAUGACGCCAAUGGCAAAAGCGAUCUGAUGAAUCCGAAUUAUGAUUUUUGAAUAUAAUGAUUGAUGAGCAGUACCCUUUGUUGAGUCCGCGGUCGCACAUCGCGCCUCAGCGGAAGGGACUCUCGUGAUCAUCAGUCAGGCACAUCAAUCAAUCAAUCAAUCAAUCAAUCAACGUGCGGCCUGAGUCUGCCAGAACAAUAAGAUCGUUGCUUUCCUAAAAGAAUGUAUUUCUAACAAGCUCCUUCGUCGUGGACGAGGCGGGUUGGCGUAAGACUCUACGAGAGUAGCUAUAUACUAAGCGCAGCAGGGCGUUUUCAUCAUCGUGCACGCAGGAAGCAGAGGUCUUAUGAGCAAAAGUCAUGGUGGUGCCGCCGCGCUCGUAUGUGUUUGUUGUUAAAAAACGGGACUGAUUCAUCUAACGAAUCUUUUGUUCUAGAAUGUUAUUUCUUAUGGGCUAAUUCUGUAUAUGUGACAAAAAUGUUUCGCAUACGGACUAAGGAAUAUAAGGACGAAUGAGCUUCUCGUUAUGAAAUUGGCUUAAAAGGUGUUGUGUGCUGUACAUAUUUCAAACAUGAUGAAUGUUGAAU